UACGAAGGUCACAGCUGAUUUGCAGUUGGGUCUGGAAAUGUCUCGCAAAAAUGUACUGAAUUUGAUGAACACAAUUGUGGCCAGCUCAUGCAAGUGUCCAGCACAUUCCCACAACUAUGGAUCGGCAUCGGCAGCCACAACACAAACAGGUCCAAAAGAAUAUGCGUUUGAGAUGUCGGCAUCGACUGUGCGCUUUGGACCCGGAGUAAGUGCUGAGCUCGGAGCUGAUCUGCGCAACUGGGGUGCCAAGAAUGUUUGCCUCGUAACGGAUAAGAAUGUGGCCAAGGUGCCCUCGGUUCGAGUUGCCCUGGACUCGCUGGCACGGCACGGAAUCAACUACCAGGUGUACGACGAGACGCGUGUGGAGCCCACAGAUGAAAGUUUCUGGCAGGCAGCCCAAUUUGCACGUAGUCAUCAGUUUGAUGCAUUUGUGGCCAUUGGCGGCGGUUCCUCAAUAGAUACAGCCAAAGUGGCGAAUCUAUUCUGUAGCGAUCGGGAGGCCGAGUUGCUCGACUAUGUCAAUGCACCGAUUGGACGGGCCAAAGAGAUCUCCGUUAAGCUGAAGCCACUUAUUGCAGUUCCCACCACAUCCGGCACUGGCUCCGAGACCACAGGAGUUGCUAUCUUCGACUACAAACGUUUGCAUGCAAAAACUGGCAUCUCAAGCAAAUAUCUAAAGCCAACAUUGGCUAUUGUAGAUCCACUGCACACGCUGACGCAGCCGGAACGGGUGAUGGCGUUCGCUGGAUUCGACGUAUUUUGUCAUGCGCUGGAGAGCUUUACAGCUGUCGACUAUCGCGAACGUGGUCCAGCACCAGCUGAUCCCAGCCUGCGGCCAACAUAUCAGGGCAGAAAUCCGAUAUCGGAUGUGUGGGCGCGCUUUGCUCUGGACAUAAUACGAUCGAACUUCAUCGACGCCAUCUAUCAGCCGGAUAAUUUGGAGGCGCGCUCCCGCAUGCAUCUCGCCUCGACUAUGGCAGGUGUGGGAUUUGGCAACGCUGGCGUGCAUCUCUGUCACGGUCUCUCGUACCCGAUUUCGGGGCACGUGCGUAACUACAGGCCUCCUGGUUACUCCGCUGAUCAUGCGCUCAUUCCACACGGCCUCUCUGUGGUGGUCAGUGCGCCGGCUGUUUUUGAGUUCACUGCACCCGCUUGCCCUGAGCGGCACUUGGAGGCAGCUGCAAUACUGGGAGCUGACACGGCAGGGGUGAAAGCAGUUGAUGCUGGACGCCUUUUAGGAGACACUGUGCGUGGAUAUAUGCAGCGGGCGGGCAUUGAAAAUGGCCUCGGUGAGCUUGGCUUCACAGGCAGCGAUAUACCGGCUCUCGUCGAAGGAACCCUACCCCAGGAGCGCAUUACAAAAAUGGCACCACGUGGACAAACGCGAGAUGAUCUCGCCCAACUGUUUGAGAACUCCAUGCAGGUCUAUUAAUAAAUACGAGUUAAGCUUA